GGGAAGCCUGCGAUGCACGAAAGCCGCUACGAAGUCGCAGCAACUACGUUAAAAAAAAACAAAGAAAAAAAGAAAACAGCAAAGAUUGGCUCAGAUAAUAAUAAUAACAAUACUAAUUUGCCUUUGAUCGUAAUGCUGUUUGAUUUGGUUUAGUUAAUUGAACUAUAUAGCGUGUCGCUGGCGUUCCCAAACAGCACUGCGUCAAUGCACUACAUUUCCCAUCAAUGACUGCGGUUUAAAGCCCCCUUUCCCAAGGCAUUGUGGGACUCAAGCUCAUUUGCCAAAAAAACGACUACAUUUCCCAUAAAUGACUGCGGUUUAAAGCCCCCUUAUCCAAGGCAAAAAGAAAAGAAAAAAGAAAGAACUAGCUGAUAGUACCGUAUUGUAGGUCUCCUACUUUGGUUCCUCCGAGCGGAGAUUCAUUUGAAUAUUUCGCAAAUAUUCAAGGAGUAAAGGAGUACAUUUUACGGGGAGUUACAAAAUAGGUCACAUACAUUCUUACGAGCUUUUCAGUUCGACAAAGCGGCUUUCAAAUAGGAGGCGAGGAGGACGCUCGCGUUGUCGUCGACGGUCACCAUGGCGCCCGACGGAGAGGACCGACAAACCCUGCGGGCGAAAUUUGCUGCUGCGGUUCAAGUGAUCCGGAGCUUGCCCAAACAAGGUCCUUUCCAACUGUCAGACGACAUGAUGCUGAUGUUUUCUAGUUACUAUAAGCAAGCCACCGUGGGGCCUUGCACCUUUACGAGACCAACUGGUUUCUGGGAGUCACGUGAAAAAAACAAAUGGGAUGCAUGGAGCUCUUUAGGAAACAUGACAAAGGAGGAAGCCAUGAAGAAUUAUGUUGAACACAUCCAGCCGAUUUUGGAGACCAUGCCAAUCUCAAGUGAGGUUUCUGACUUGGUGCGGCAGCUUGGCGACUUCAUCAUGGAAGAGGAAGAGGACGAGGAAGAGGAUGGGGCUGAGGAGAAUGAGCUGGACAGAAGAGCUUUCGCAGCGCAAGCAGAGCUGUUCAAGCCAAAGAAACCUGCAAUGGAAGGCUACGGAGAUCUGUGGGAUGAUAUACAAAACUUUCAAGAAGAAGAAAGUGGCACGAGUUUUAGCAGACAGGAAGCGGUAGGAUGCGACGGUGGUCGUGAACAUCUGAGAAAAAAUGAAAGUAGUGACGACGACGAAGACGAGCCGGAUGGAAAAGAGCGGAGCCCGGGGUCGAGGCGGCACACAGCGCAGGACACGGGGUGGCGGCGUUACGCCGGAGGAUCCAGCGGCAGCUCGGAGCCCGGCGUGUCGUCGUUGACCAACGGGACUCACAGCUCCCUGAACAGUGCGGCGGAGGAGGAGGAGCUGGCCUACUCCAAAGAGCUCAGCACGUGCAGCCCCGUCUGCAAGCACUUUCAUGGGCACUUGACAGAUCACACUGAUGCUGGUAAGAAGAGCUGCCACUUGGCAGACUCUGAUAAUGAGGAGUUCUGUGAUUCAAUGGAUCAUCCCGCCAUAGAGAAGAUUGUGUCUGCACCCAAAAUCCAGCCAGGUGGAUCAACACCUGCUUUGGUGAAGGAGCAAGAUCUUUGGUUUGAGAGCUCCUCCACACUUAAAGCAGAAGACUGUUCACUCCGAGGAGAUUCUUACCAUAGAGAACCUCACAAGUUUGUUCGAGAUUGUCAGUCACCGAAGACCGCUGGCAGUUCUCAGCAGCGGUUCUGCACCUGUAACAGUGUGUCACAAUGCACUCGUCCCAGCAGCAAGGCUUCUUGGGGGAACGUCAAUGAGCAAAUAGUUGCGGCUCUUGUGAGAUUGCAGGACGACAUGGCCGAUGUGCUGCGUCGGCUGCGCGCUCUAGAGGGCCUCACUGCGGCACAGUCAAGAUCAUCAUCAAGGUGUGCGGAUGCUCCACCUGCAGCACAAAAGUUUUUGACACCAUCUUGGUGGCCGUUUGACCGUUCCCCAAUUACCGUUGCGGUGACAGCACUUUGGCCUGCAGUUGCAUAUGGUCUGGUCCAGCUUUUUUCACAGCGAAAGAGACGGAAAAUCACUUGAAUGAAUCAUUGCAUUUCAUCAUCAUGACGCCUGGGUGAAAUAGCUGCACUCCUCUUUCUCUGCCAGAUGAAGCGUCAUGGAGGAAAUAUGGUUAGGAAGUGAACAUGGAAGAAAAAAAAGUUCAGGUUUGAACAGUUUGGGAGUGCUUGAGGAAUCAUCACUCAAUGUCAGCACCACAGCACAUUAUCGCUGAUCAGAGGAACAGAGAAAAAACGACAAAUUCUUUUGUCCUAGAGGAUAUCUGGUUUUUAUUCUUUCAAUUCUCUCAAGGGAACCAUACACUGACAUAUUUGUAAACAACUAUGUAAGAUUUCUCCUUUAUGAUUAUGUUCAAUGGAAGAAAGUAAAUACAAUCUUCAUGUGCAAUUUUACUUCUUAUUUAAUUGUCAGUUGCAUAGUCAAAAGUGAACACGUAUACAUCAUCAAUUGUUUUGUCUUCUGGUUGAUUCAUGCUUUUUACACAGGUGGUCCGAGUUAAAGUAACAUAGUGGCUGUGUUUGCCAGUUUGAGUGGGGUAUCCUGACUGGCAAUGGACCACUUUCAUCGACUUUAUAAAAGUGUGUACAACACAUUAUAAUAAUAAAGAGAAACUGUUGCGUGUACUUUCUUUUACUAUUGUAAAAGAUCCAUGUACUGUAGCUAAUAUUAGACUCUCGCCACUGCAAGAACGGGUGGGCUCGACUCUUGAUUUGAACAUGGAUUAUAAAUGUUCUGUGUUUGCAUGUUCCUUCUGUGGAGUCUUUGGUUCAUUUUACACUUAUAGGAACGGGAGUGGGAAUGGCUCCAGUCUGUCGGUCUUUAAAAUAGAUGGAGGUUUAUAUUUGCUGCUCAAUUACUCUACUUUGCCUUUUUUUUUUUGUAGGCCAGCUACCGCUGCACAACCGCAGUUAUGGGGGGGGAACGAUUAGACCACCAUGUUUAGGUAUAUUACCUGAAGAAUAGAAUGAACGUGACAAAAUAUAGCAGAUUCCAUAAUACUUGAUGUCCUAUUUUACAUGCUUAGGCUUCAUUGUAUAUCAGUGAUUACUAUCGGGGAAAUCGUACGAAAUGGCUAGAUAUCAGGCUCUUAAACUCUUUAUUUUUGCUAUGUAUGUUGUCAUGAUAUUUGUUCAAACAAGUGUACCUUCAGUUGUAAACGCUUAGGAGAAGAAUAUUAUUGUCUGUGCCUUUAUUGAUUGUAAUUCCAAUAAUAAUCGUGUUCAUCUAUUGACGAAUAUGUGAAG